GUACUUUGGAAGAUUACUCGCAAUGAUGAGGUGGGCUGGGCGCAGCACGCGAGGCAGGCCUUGACACCGGUGGCCCCGUUUAUGCGCCACGAGCUGCCUAACUAUCGCCUUGAGAAUGGACCUUGAUGUUGAGCUGGGCCUUGCGGAGCUUGGCGUCACGGCCAAGAAUGCGAACGCGGUGGAGGAGCAGAUUAUUCAAGAGGCGCUUGAAGAGACCGGGAACGGAGCGCCGGACGAUGGGCCAGCGGCAGGCGAGUUCACAGGCGGUCCCGCUUCCGCCGCCGCAGCUGCUAAUGCCCAGGACGGUGAGCAGCAGCUGCAGCUGCAGCUGCAGCAGCGGCGGCGUGAGCGGCAGCGCGUUGCAUCGCAGCUGGCCACGGUGGCGGCGGAGAUUGGCACCAUGAGCGCAGCGCUGGCCACAGCGGAGGAGGAGGCACAGGAGGCAGCCGCGGAGGCGACGGAGCCGAAGACGGCGGGCGCGGUGCCGGCGGGCGCAACGUCGUUGCAGGUGGCGCUGAUGCGGGACCGACUGGCAGGGCUGCGGGCGGAGCAGCAGCGGCUGGCGGCAGAGGCAGCGCAGCUGGCUUCAGGCGGUGGCGUCGGAGGCGGAAAUGGGGGUGCAGCUGGGGAGUCAGGCGAUGGUGGUGCGGGCGCGGCGGCGGCUGGGAGGAGCCGUCCGCGGAGCUUCGGUGCCGCCGCUAUGGCCAGGCACGGAGCUACUGGCAAGGCGGCGGGCGCUGCCGCCGCCGGCAAGCCGCCGGCAGCAGGUGGCGGCGGCACUGCGGCGGCGGCGCCGCGGCAGGCGGGCGGGAAGAAGCCGCAGCAGGAGCCUAUGCACCUGCAGCAGAGUAAGCGGGCGCGCACGGAGGUCGCACCAGUCACACGGCUGACGGCUGAUGAGGACGACCUGUUUGGCGACGACGACGACGACAGCGGCGCCGCUGGCAGCGCAGGCGCCGGCAGCGCUCGCCUAGAGCUGGUGGAAACAGAAAAGGACCGGCUGAUUCGCCUUGGGCUGCUUACUCCCUUUGACCGGCUCGCCGGCUAUGAGCGGAAGAAGGUAAGCACGCAGCCCGCCGGGGCCGCCGGGGCCGGCGGAGCCGGCGGCGGCGGCGAUGUCGCCGCCACCGGCGCCAAGCUGCCGUUUCAGCGCACUGGCGAGGGCGCUCUGCGGCACCUGGGUCGCGCGGCGUUGAGCGAGCAGGAGGCGGCGGCGGUGACGCGCAGUGGGCGGCGGGUGGGGGAGUACCUGGCGGAGGCGGGGCGGCAGGCGCUGGAGGCGAGGGAGGCGCGGCCGCGGGCCAAGUUCUUGGAGCCAGACCAGCUGCCGCAGCAGGAGCGGGACGUGCGCAAGGUGCCUGCACACUUCUGGCACCAGGCCGCCUCCGCCCGCAAGGCCGGCGCCAGCAGCAAGCUGCGGCGCAAGCGCACACUGCCGCGCGCCCGGCCGGGCCGCGCUGGGGGCGGCGGCGAUGGCUUGCGCAAGGCCGCCGCGGCGGGCGCGGCUGCCGGUUCCGGCGAGGCGGAAGAGGAGGAGAGUGAAGGGAGCAGCGGGCAGGAGGAAGAGGAGGAGGAUGCGGAAGGGGAGGAGCACCAGGCUGUGGCGGCGGAGCGGCGGAGGGGUGGUAGCCGCCGCCGGCACAGCGGCGGCCGCCUGGCAGGGGAGGAGGCGGGCCCUGCGGAGGAGGGCGAGGAAGAGGCGGAGGAAGGCGGCACAAGCCGGCAGCGGCGACGGUUGAGGGCGCGGCGGUCAACCGGCGGCAGCGGCGGCGGUGGUGAUGGAGGCGGCAGCGGCGGCAGUUCCGACGCGUCUGGGGGGCCCGGGGCCGGCGAGGGCGUGGAUGACCUUGCGGACAGUGACUACACGGAAGGCAGCGACGCACUCGACUCGGACGCGGCCGAAGACGACGACAUUGUCAUGAGCGACGACGAGGAGGAGGUAGAGGAGGAGGAGGAGGACGCGGGGCUGUCAGGCCUGGAAGACGAAGACGAAGAUGAAAUGGCGGGCGGCGCAGGCAGCAGCGGCGGCGCGCGGCGGCGGAAAGGCAGGAAGAAGGGGAAAACGCAGAAGGGCGGCAAGGGCGCCGCGGCGGCGGCGGCGGCGGCGGCCGCCGCAGCAGCGGGAGUGGAUGAAGAUCUGUACGAUGACGUGGAUGAGCAGUUUUAUAUUGACCGGGUGCGCAGGGCGGCGGCAGCGGAAGCAGAGGCGCGGCGGGCAGAGGCGCUUGCAAAGCAGAAGCCGCGGCGCGGCAAGCAGCCGCAGCAGCAACGCCGGCGGCGGCGCAGCGCCAGCGCUGGCGCUGGCGGCGACGCAGAAGGCAACGGCGCCGCCGCGUGCGGUCGUGCUGGCGGCAGAGGUAGUGAAGGCGGCGGCGGCGGAGGUGAUGGUGGCUUGGGCAACGGCGGCAGCAGGGAGUUAGGGAUGCUGCCGCACUGCGGCGCCUACGGCUCAGAGGGAGGCCCGGUCGUCGGCAGCGGCGUCGGCGGCCUGGGUGCGGCGAAGGCCGCGGAGGCUGCGGAGCAGCAACAUGUUCAGCAGGAGGGCGCGGCGGCGGAGGCGGCUGCUGCUGCCGAGGCGGCGGCGGCGGAGGCCGAGGAAGCCGAAGAGGCGGCGGAAGCCGAAGAGGCGGACGUGGUGUUUGAGGGCGGCUUCCGCGUGCCUGCGCGGCUGUACGGGCGGCUGUUCGACUACCAGCGCACGGCAGUCAAGUGGCUGUGGGAGCUGCACGUGCAGGGCGCGGGGGGCAUACUGGGGGACGAGAUGGGGCUGGGCAAGACCGUGCAGAUGAUCGCCUACCUGGCCGGCCUGCACGCCAGCGGUCUGUACCGGCCCUCGCUCAUCGUGUGCCCCGCCACCGUGCUGCGCCAGUGGAUGCGCGAGCUGCGCACCUGGGCGCCGGCGCUGCGUGUGGUGCUGCUGCACGAGAGCGGCCGCAACCCGCCCAGUGGCUUGCUGAGGCCGGACAGGGCGGGCGUGCUGGAGGCGGCGCUGAGCCCCUGCCCGGCAGGCCUGGAGCCCCUCCUCGGCAGCAGCAGCCGCACCAGCCCCACACCCGGCGCCCCCGGCUCCGGCUCCGGCUCCGGCGCCUCCGUCUCCUACCCGGGAGUGGUGCUGACGACGUACGACCAGCUGCGCCUGCACCGUGACCUGCUGCUGCGCGUGCGGUGGGGCGUGGCGGUGCUGGACGAGGGGCACAAGAUCCGCAACCCGGAUUCGGAGAUCACCCUGGUGUGCAAGCAGCUGCACACGGUGCACCGGCUGAUCAUGAGCGGCAGUCCCAUCCAGAACCGGCUGUCCGAGCUGUGGAGCCUGUUCGACUUCAUCUUCCCCGGCAAGCUGGGCACACUGCCCGUGUUCCAGGCGCAGUUCGCGGUGCCCAUACAGGUGGGCGGCUACGCCAACGCCAGCAGCCUGCAGGUGACCACCGCCUAUAAGUGCGCCGUGGUGCUGCGCGACCUCAUCGCGCCCUACCUGCUGCGGCGGCGCAAGGCCGACGUGGCAGCGCAGCUGCCCGCCAAGACGGAGCAGGUGCUGUUCUGCACGCUGGUGAGCGAGCAGCUGGAGCUGUACCGCUCCUACCUGGCGUCCAAGGAGGUGGGCGAGAUCCUGGAGGGCAGCCGGCGGGCGCUGUGCGGCAUCGACAUCCUGCGCAAGGUGUGCAACCACCCAGACCUGCUGGAGAGGCUGUCGGCGCAGGACGCCGAGGACUAUGGCAACCCCGCUCGCUCCGGCAAACUGCGCGUGGCCGAGCGCGUGCUGGACUCGUGGCGGGCCGCUGGGCACAAGGCACUGCUGUUCUGCCAGACGCAGCAGAUGCUCGACAUAUUCGAGAAGCUGGCCCGCAGCAAGAAGUCACCGGCGUGGAGCUACCACCGCAUGGACGGCGGCACGCCGGUGGCCUCGCGCUCGCGGCUGAUUGACGACUUCAACAACAACCCAGACGUGUUCCUGUUCCUGCUCACAACCAAGGUGGGCGGGCUGGGCGUGAACCUGACGGGCGCCACACGCGUCAUGCUGUACGACCCGGACUGGAACCCCUCCACGGACAUACAGGCCCGGGAGCGCGCCUGGCGCAUCGGCCAGUCGCAGCCCGUGACCAUCUACCGCCUCAUCACCGCUGGCACCAUAGAGGAGAAGGUCUACCACCGCCAGAUCUACAAGAACUUCCUCACAAACAAGGUGCUUCGUGACCCACGACAGAAGCGCUUCUUCACCGCCCGUGACAUCUCUGAGCUCUUCACACUGGGGCCCGAGUACAAGAAGGGCGCGGCGGCGGCGGCGGCCGGUGGUGGCAGCGGCGCUGGCGGCGACACCGAGACGGCACGCAUAUUCGGCUCGGCGCUUGACGCGCAAGAGCUGGCGGAGGCGGUGCGGCAGCAGGCGGAGGGCGGGGCGGGGGCCGCGGGAGGCAGCGGCAGUGGCGGGAGAGGAGCAGGAGGAGGAGGAGGCGCAGGCGGUGCGGGGUGGCUGUCGUCAACGGCGGCGGCGGCGGCCGCGCUUCGGCGGCGCGGCGAGCGGCCGAACGGCGAGGAGGCCGCGGCCGGCGGCGGGGCAGGAGCGGAGGAGGACGAGCUGGGGCAGGACGGAGAGGGCGGCGAGGAGGGCGGGGAGGGGCGGCGCGGUAAGAAGCGGAAGAAGGGCGCUGCCAAUGGCGUGGCGGCUGCGGAGCAGCCGGCGGCCGCGGCGGCCGCCAGUAAGCCUGCGGAGGAGCAAGAUGAGAGCCGCGUGCUUCGAGACCUGUUCGAUGGCGGCGCAGGCCUGCGCGGCCUGGUGGACCACAGCCGCAUCGAGUCCGCCAACGACCCCGAGCUCAUCACCCUGCACGCGGAGGCGCAGCGGGUGGCGGCGCGCGCCGCAGAGGCACUGCGGCGCAGCCGCGCAGCCUGCGCCGUGGCGCCCAUCUCCACGCCCACCUGGACGGGGCGGCACGGGCACGCGGGCGCGCCGGCGGGCCAGCAGCAGGCGCAGCAGGCGCAGCCGCAGCGGCGGUUUGGGAACGUGACCAACAGCCGCAUGCGGCUGGGGGGCGGGGCGGGAGGAGCGGGAGGAGCAGGAGCGGGGGCAGGAGGCAGCGGACCGGGUGGGUCGGGAAGUGUGCCCGGCGGCGCGCAGCCGUUCAGCGGUGCGGUGGCGGGCGUACAGGGCCUGGCAGCAGGCCGCCGCAUGGGCGGCGGCGGCGGCGGGGGUGCUGGCGGUGGGGUUGCUGGUGGCGCGCCCUCCUCCGCGUCGCUUCUGUCGCAGAUGCGCAGUCGGCAGCAGGCGCUGCAGGGCGCGGCUGCGGAGGCCAGCAGCCGUGGCGUGCGCGGCAGCGGAGGCGGGGGCAGCGGAGGCGGCAGCGCCGCCGCCGCCGCCGUGGAACCGGCGGAGGCGCUGGCGGCAGAGGUGGUGACCUUUUUGGAUUCACGCGGCGGGGUGGUGGGAAGUGAGGUGCUGGUGGAGGCGUUCCGGCAGACGGUGCCGCCGGCUCAGAUGCCGCUGUUUAAGCAGGUGCUGAGGCAGGUGGCGGGGCUGCGGCGGCGGGCGGCAGGCGGCGAGUGGGUGCUGAAGAAGGAGUUCAGGACUGCUGCGCCGGAGGCGGCGGCGGCGGGGGGGCUGCAGGAGGGGCGGCAGGGCGGCGGGGAGGCAGGAGCAGCAGCCGCGGGAGCAGGGGGAAGCAGUGAUGGUGGUGGUGCUGGAAGUGGGGCAGGAGGUGCAGGGGAUGCAGGAGGCAGUGGCGCGGCAGCGGGCGCGGCCAGCGGGGGAGGCAGCGAUGCAUAUGAUUUCAUUGAUUUGACCUAGAUUACUGUUGUUGUCUGGAGUUGGCGCGUGGCAGUGUAAGACAGCUGGUGCGUACGGAUGGCAGGAGUGGUGGCGGGCGCCUGCCGUGAACAGGCAAGGGGACUGGUGUGUGUGCGCGUGGGUUCAGGUCAGACUUCGAAGCGGGAAGCAGGUAGGAGUGCGCAGCAGGUGUUAAGUUUGCAGGCAGGCAGGCAGGCAGGCGGGUACUGUUAUCGACGUGCUUGAAGAACGCAACACAAGCAAGCAAGCGAUUACUAUGGUAGGCUUUGCGUGUUAGGAGGGGGCGUUGCUUGAGCGUCUAUCGAGGAGGAACGUGGUGGCGGGGUGCAGGUGCAUUGUUUGGGGCGGUCUGGGCGGCUGCGCCCGUACCAUGGG